CUCCCCCUCCGCGGGCCUCCCCCGCCCGCGCGGUACAGCUGGGCCGGUGACUCGCGUACUGCUGCCGUUGCCUCUGCUACGACCGCCGUGUUCCAUUCUCCUAAGCCGGCGACAUCCUCGUCCCCUGCCUCCCGCCUCCUCCUCCCGCAGCUCCAGCCAGACAAGGGCACACGGGGUCUCGCCAAGACCCAAGAGGGCUGCGGGCGCGCGCGGGCGGCGGAGCGGAUCCCUGCGCCGCGGAAGCUGCGAGCGUCCGCCUCCCGGAGGUCGCCGCGCCGUUCCCCGGGUGAAUCUACCCAGGGCUGACUUCAGUGUUUUUACUUCUGGUUUUUAAAUUUUUUUCUUUUUAAAAUAACUUGGACGGAUGAAAGAUGUGCCAUGGCAGGAUAGCACCAAAGAGCACCUCAUUGUUUGCCGUGGCCUCCGUGGGACAUGGAGUGUUCCUUCUGCUGGUGAUUCUUAGCACCCUCCUUGGAGACGGACUCGCCUCAGUGUGUUCCCUGCCCCCGGAGCCAGAGAAUGGUGGCUACAUCUGCCACCCCCGGCCCUGUAGAGACCCCCUGAACUCGGGCAGCGUCAUCGAGUACCUGUGUGCUGAAGGCUACAUGUUGAAGGGUGAUUACAAAUACCUGACGUGUAAGAAUGGCGAGUGGAAGCCAGCCAUGGAGAUCAGCUGCCAUCUCAACGAGGACAAAGACGCCCACACGUCGCUCGGGGUCCCCACGCUGUCCAUCGUGGCUUCCACCGCCAGCUCCGUGGCGCUCAUUCUCCUCCUCGUGGUGCUGUUUGUGCUGCUGCAGCCAAAGCUGAAGUCGUUCCAUCACAGCAGGCGUGACCAGGGGGUGUCCGGGGACCAGGUGUCCAUCAUGGUGGAUGGAGUCCAGGUUGCGCUGCCAUCGUAUGAGGAGGCUGUGUACGGAAGUUCCGGUCACUGUGUGCCGCCCGCUGACCCCAGAGUGCAGAUUGUGCUGUCAGAAGGGUCUGGGCCCAGUGGGAGGAGCGGGCCAAGGGAGCAGCAGCUGCAGGACCAGGGGGCCUGCUCCUCCGCAGGCGGAGAGGAGGAGGCCCCGGGCCAGUCUGGACUGUGUGAAGCCCGGGGCUCUCGGGGCUCGGAGACUGUGAUGGUGCAUCAGGCAGCCCCCUCUUCCUGGGUGGCCGGCUCAGGGAACAGCCGAGUGGCACACAAAGAAGCCCCGGAUUCAGAGAACAGUGACAUACAAAGCCUCACGUCGGAGGACUACACAGAUGAUAUCCCACUGUUGAAAGAAGCAUGAGGGCUGCCGCUGGCUUCUCUCCUCUCUGCCCUCCCUCCCUCUCCCUGUGGGUUUGAGCACCACGUACUCCAGCUGCCCUGCCCGGAUACCUGAGCUGCCACCUGUGUAUCUGUGUAUCUGUGUGUCUCUGAGGGCCUGCAGGCCCACCUUGGCUGGAAACUCAAGGAAGAUUCUCACCAUCUGCCUGCUGGACAGCUGGAGGAGCUGGCUUUUUGCCUGGCCCAGCCUUCCCGGCUGUGUCGGGGACAUCGUUGAAUGUGCUGGAUUGAGCCCUUCCUUCCCCCGAGCCCUCCGGGUCCGCUCCAGCGAGCGAGCGCUUGGGCGGCAGCCCCCGUGGGCCCGAGAGCGCUGCGUUUACUUGUGCCUUCCUCCCGCCCGUCCAGUGUCCCUGUCAUGCGGGCUUGUUGCUGUCCUGCAAGCCUUGGUGGCGGCACUCUGCCGCACAGGGGGCCGGGCCUGGGUCUGGCCUGUCUCCUUUGGGGGCUGCCACCGCUGCCCUUAGCAGGAGCAGGUCCGAGAGUGGCUCGAGUUGGGGCGAGAGUGUAGCUCCCUUGGCCUACCCUUGGUGGACGCUGGGGGCGCGUUGCUUGGCUGAGCAGGGAGGCCGUGUGAAGUCAGGCCAGAGCCGUCCCAGCGCCCGGCUCCGUAGCGCAGAGGUGCCAGCACCUGGCCCUGUCAAGUUUCCAAGAAGCAUCCAGAAGAUCCCAAGGGAGGGGAGGACGGUGGCUGAUAAUGAUCGUCUUCCGCAUAUGCAAGUUCUCACUUCCUACUUCCAGCAUCUGGCCUUCCUGGCCUCCGUCUUUUCUCUUUCCCUGGAGCAUAGCGGGGAGUUGCAUGCGGCCUCCUGGGUUUGAUCCUGCGAAGCUCCGGCUUCCUUGCUGGCCGAGGCCUGAGGCGAAUCAUCCAUGGGACGGGAGUGUUGCUGAGAUGCCAUGGGAUGCCCGUCUGGUCACUGGCAGUUGGGGCCAGUUGCCCUGUUCUGGGUUCCUGGUGAGGGAAGGAGGCCUGAGAGGCGCCGGCCGACCGUGUCCCCAGGCAGCUGCAGGCAGCUCCGCCCCGGUCCUGAGGGUCCUCCUCACCACAGUCACGUGCCUUAGUAACUGUGCCCAGGAAGCAUCCUGCUGCUUGCCUCGCUGCUGCUUCUCCUCGUUCCGCCCUCCCCUGCCGCCCCUCCACUCGUCACAGCUGGCAGACGACUCCCUGGUCUUCCCGGCACCGGGAGGGCCCAAGACACAGUGGGCACACCGCCCCCCGCCCCAGCUUGUUGGUGGAGAUGGUUUGGAAGCAGCCUGGCUCCGGGGCCCUGCUGGGGCCGCUCCCUCGGCUGAGUGUCCCCUGCUGACAGGGCUGCUGCUUCUUCAGGAGAUGUGGCACCACGGAGCGCGUGUUACUGUUUUGUUUCGGAAGCACCGCGCCUCCGCUCCUUCCCCCAGCCUCUGUCUGGGGUGGUGAAAAUAGUAGAGCCCGAUGUGUUUUCAGUUCCUGACCUAACAGGGUAGCUCCGGGGGCGGCUGCGGGUGGCCUCCAAGAGGAGAGGAACGAAUGGCCCGCCCUCAGCCUCCCGCCUCCACUCUCACACACGCACUUUACUCCGGGCUCUGCCGGGGGCUCGCCGCCCCUGUAGUCUUCCCUCUGGCUCAGGUGAGGGCAGCGCCUGCGUGCCGUCGGGCUCCUCCCCGUGGGAGCCCUCGCAUGCUGUGCCCUCAGCCCUGGCCCGAGAGCCGGAGGGAGGGAGACCGAACGGAGCAGGGCUGUCCUUGGCCUCAGAAGAGGCCGUUUUCGGAGAUGUGCCUGCUGGCCGUUGCUGGCAUGGGGCCCAUCUGGAGGGCAGGGUCCCCGGCCCCGCCGCUUCACCCUGCACAGGUUCUGUUCCACCCACCGGCUGCCCUUGUCUUCCUCCAAAGGAGAUCAGGGACCAGUGGGGGCCGGGGGGAGGCAUCCAAAGUCUCAUUGCUGAGCCUGCAGCUUUCGUUUCCCAAUCUUCCAACACCUGAAUUCUAGUCUAGAAUCUUUCUUUAAAUGGAAGCUCUUACCUUUUUUUAUCUAAUUACUCUGGGUUUUUCACCCAAGAGAUUGCACUUUUUGUUUGCGGUAUAUUCAGCCACAGAGGUGACCGGCCUGGCCCUUGAAAAAAGAAAAGCCUGCCUUCUGAACCCUUCUUCCACUUUGCCUGCCCGCCCUGGGGAUCACAAGCCCAGACUUGCCACCCGGUAGGGAAGAGAGAAAAGUCAGGAACCUCCCCUCCACGUUCCCCAUGUCACUGGCUUUGCUGGGGCCUCCCGGAGUCCCCUGGCCUGUGGGUGCAGAGCCAGCCUCAGUGCUGCUGACGCCCACGACGGCUUGCCACAGCGAGUUCUCUGCUCCCACGUCAGCCAUGCGCUGCUGUUUCUAGAGCUUCUGGCCUCUGUCCCUUGCAAAGGAUCAGGGCCCCCCACAGCUGCCUUGGAGUGGGGCCUGGCUGAGAGACAAGGUGGUGCUGGGGGGGCCUGGAGCAGGUGGGGAAAACUGCCCAUGGUCUGGCUUCCCGGGCUCCCCUCCAGGGGAGUCCAGCAGAGGACUCGCCCAGGAGAACAGUUGGCACCAAAGGACAUUUAAAAAGGGGUGUUUUGUUUUGUUUGUUUGUUUUGCCUACAUGAGCUGACUCAGUGCAGGUUUUAUAUCCUGGCAACUUGCAGUCACAUUCCAGUGACUUUCAAGGGCCAGUAUAUGGUGAAAAUUACUUAAAAUUUCCAUCCCUUUCAACGCCUUAGUUCAGCACGUAGGCUCUAUCUUUUGCCAUUUUUGAGUUUCGUGUGCUAUGCUCCCACUUCACUGGGUGUGAACCGUGAAAUGGGCCGAGUCCUGGCCACUUUGUGAGUUCUUUUGGUUUUAUAAGGUAUUUCAAUGUACAUCCUACUAACACUCCAUUUGCAAACAGAACUCAUGUUGUCAUCCCCAUUCUUCCUGCCCUCCUCCUCUCCCCCUCCCCCAGCUUUUUUUUUUUUUUUUUUUUUUCCGGUAUGCGGGCCUCUCACUGUUGUGGCCUCCCCCGUUGCAGAGCACAGGCUCCGGACGCGCAGGCUCAGCGGCCAUGGCUCACGGGCCCAGCCGCUCCGCGGCAUAUGGGAUCCUCCCAGACCGGGGCACGAACCCGUAUCCCCUGCAUCGGCAGGCGGACUCUCAACCACUUGCGCCACCAGGGAGGCCCUCCCCCAGCUUUAAAGCUCUGGAGAAGCUGGAUGGCAAGACAGACAAAGGUACACUUUUCCUGCUAAGUUAGUGGUGGCACAGGAAUCCUAGCACUCGGCCUUUCCCCUCCCCAUCCCAGAGGAGCUCAAACCACUUGCUUUCUACAUAACAAUGUCACUUCCAUUCCCAGGGAACGUCUUUACAUAGAGAAUGGAAAAUGCUGCAAAUAUUUCUAGAUCCUUGCCUGUUCCCCCCCACCCGCCCCCCACCUUGAGAAUAACGGGCCCAGGAGGGAAGGGACACAGGCUUGACAGCUUAAUUCCAGAUGUGCUUGCUGAGGAUAGAGGCUGGGAGCGUCUCUCAUGGAGCCUGCUAGGGCUCCUGGCUCUCGGCAUAGGGCCUGUCGUUACUGGUGUCCGGUGAGGGGCUCCGAGAGGAUUUUGUCUGACAGAUGGGUGCACCGAGUGGUAGAGUAGCCAGUUCCCCGGAGAGGGAAAGGCAGGCUCAGCUUUCCUGGGAAGCGACCCCUCUUAACCACCAGUUGGAAAUCUAGUAGAAUUUUGAAUGAGAACCCCAAGGCUGAGCCCUCUGCUAGGAGCUGGGGAAGAUGCAGGGGCAAAGCACUCAGAUGGCCAAGCAGGGAGGAGAGAGGGACGAGGAGGGUCGCCUGGCAGCCCACCACACCCUGCCCAGGCUUCUCAUCACACCACUAUGGAAUCUCUGCAAUGGUUUCACAUGACACACGCAUCAUUGACUGUGCAGGAUGUCAAUCAGUUUGGGUUUGCUUUAUUUUAUUUUAUAUAUAUAUUUUUUGGUAUCCUGUACAUUGCAGUGGGUGUGAAGAUAGUAUUUUAAUAUUUGUACAAAGUUUAAUUUAAUUUUAAUUGUUCUAUGUAUAU